GAGUCGCGCUGAUGCCAGUGGCUGCCUGGAGGGUCUCGUUCGCUGGUGGGCUCCUGUCAGCUGCAGAAAUGCUGACUGCUGUGCUGGGAAGGAGGAGCCGCUACGUGGGUCUCGGAAAGAGUCUGUGUCCGGCUCUACUCAGGAGCUUCCACUCCCUCUUCCUUCCCCUUUGGUGCCCCCAGUCCCCGAGACUUCCCUCCUUCCUGGGCAGCUUCAGGGGACUGCAGCAGGAAAGCAGCCCCCGUGCAGGUGUGAAUACUGUGAAGCCACUUGAUGGUGUGAGGAUUCUCGAUCUAACCAGAGUCCUCGCGGGACCUUUUGCUACCAUGAAUCUGGGAGAUCUCGGAGCUGAAGUUAUUAAAGUGGAAAAACCCGGGUCUGGGGAUGACACAAGAUCUUGGGGGCCACCUUUCGUUGGAACGGAAAGUGUUUAUUUUCUCAGCGUGAACAGAAAUAAAAAGAGCAUAGCUGUUAACAUGAAGAACCCCAAAGGAGCAAAGAUAAUUAAAGAGCUCGCAGCUGUCAGUGAUGUUUUUGUGGAAAACUACGUCCCUGGGAAACUGGCUGAAAUGGGCUUGGGGUACGAAGACGUUGACAAGAUUGCCCCUCAUAUUGUUUACUGUUCAAUUACAGGCUACGGUCAAACUGGUCCAAAGUUUCAACGAGCAGGCUAUGACUCUGUUGCAGCUGCUGUUUCCGGACUCUUGCAUAUCACAGGGCCUGAGGGCGGUGAGCCAGUUAGACCUGGAGUAGCUAUGACUGAUCUUGCUACAGGCCUUUAUGUGUAUGGAGCAAUAAUGGCUGCACUUCUUCAGAGCCAUAAAACAGGGAAGGGGAUGCAUGUGGACUGCAAUUUGCUGUCCUCUCAGGUCGCUUGUCUUACUUACAUAGCAAGCAAUUUUCUAAAUUGCCAAAUAGAACCAAAACGAUGGGGCACGGCUCAUGCCAGUAUCGUUCCUUACCAGGCUUUCAAAACAAAGGAUGGCUACAUUGUAGUGGGAGCUGGAAAUGAUCAACAGUUUAUUACUGUUUGCAAGAUCCUGAAUUUGUCUCACAUCAGCCAUGAUUCCCGAUAUAAAAAUAACAACCAGCGUGUGCUGAACAGGAAGGAACUCAUUGAAGUUUUAUCAGCCAGGUUUCUGGAAAAAGAGACUGCCAAAUGGUUAGAACUCUUUGAAGGCAGUGGUGUUCCAUAUGGUCCAAUCAAUAGCAUGCAGCAGGUGUUCUCGGAUCCUCAGGUUCUUCACAACAGACUUAUCAUGAAGAUGACUCAUCCAACAGCCGGUGAGAUAGCGGUCCCAGGCCCAGCUGUAAGGUACAGCCAGUUUGAAGUCUCCAAACCAAAGCCACCUCCUCUUAUUGGUCAACAUACAGUGGAUGUGUUGAAGACUGUUCUGGAAUAUAAGGAUGAUGCCAUACAAGAACUGCUCAACUCCAGAGUAAUAACUCAACAUGAAUUCACAUAAAUGGAUUUGGCUUGCAUUUCUGAUAGAGAAGAAUCUUGCUUGAAUCCUACAAGGAUCUCUUCCACUAUGACAACCUAAGGAUGAUUAAGUUGUCCUAUUUUAUAAUCUGAAUAACGUUUGGCAUAAAAUAUCAGUCUGUAAGGGUCCCCCCUUUAAAGAAUCCAAUUUUGCUGCUUUAAAGGUACCACCGUAUAUUUUGGUAAUAUUCAGUUACCAAAUGCUUAUAUAGCUAAUCACUUUAGAGAAUGUAAUUUGUACCAGAAUUGUAAUUAUCCCUAGUAUUAGCUUUCCGUAAAGACACACAGAAAGGAUCAAAUAUUUGGAAAACUUGUAUCUUCUUUGCUAUCUGCUUCUUAACACUUUUCUUAUAUGAAACUAAUAGGGUGAACAAAUUGAAUGCUUUUCACAAUUAAUUUUAAUAUGAUGCUGAGCACAUUGUUGAUGACUAAUGUAAGCCUGAAGAAAGAGCCCGUCAUAAAAUUAACCACUUUUAAAUUAAAUUAACUAGCUUCUA